CUCAGUAGUGCUCUGUGUGCACAGAGGGCUGCUGCUGCUGCCGCACUAAUGAGCUUCACCGGAAAGCCGCGGAGGUCUUGGAUUGAGGAGUCCUUCUCCAAGAGAGAGUGUGUGAAGUUCAUCCCUUCAUCUGGAGACCUGCAAAGAUGUUGUUGUGGCCGCCUGGUUGUGGAGCACCCUUGGCACGAGUCCCUGCCCCCCCCCGCAUCCCUCUGCCCUGGUCCUGGCCGGGACCUGGAGGAGGGCUGGUCCGUGGAGCUCCACACCAGGGCCAGUCCCACCGACGCCUACGGGACCAUCGACUUCCAGGACAGAGCCGCGCGAGCCAAGUUUGCUCGUGUGGGUGUGGACUCCAAGCCGGAGGUGCUCCUCCAACUCAUGCUGACGGAGUGGCAGAUGGAGAGACCCAAGCUGCUUCUGACCGUCCACGGGGGCUCGGAGGACUUCCCCCUGCCCCCCAGGGUCAAGCAGGCCUUCGGCAAAGGGCUGAUGGGCGCCGCGCUCAGCACCGGAGCGUGGAUCCUCACCGACGGCGUCCACACAGGUGUGUCUAGGCACGUGGGCGAGGCAGUGAAGGCGUUUGGGGGCCACAGCCUGAGGAGGAGAAACGCAGUCGGCAUCGCGCCGUGGGGGGUCAUAGACAGCAACACGGACCUCGUGGGCAGAGACGUGCUCAGGCCCUACCAGCCACUCGGGGACCCUUUGAGCAGGGGGGCCUUCCUCAAUGGUUUCCACUCACACUUCCUGCUGGUGGAUGAUGGAACGCUGGGAAAACAUGGCUGCCAACAGGGUCUCAGGAGGAAGCUGGAGAAACACAUCCACCUGCAGAAGAUACACCCCCGACUUAACCAAGGAGUGCCUGUGGUGUGUGUGGUAGUGGAGGGAGGCCCGUCCCUGGUGUCCACGGUGUUGGACUACGUCAGCAAUGUGCCCCCGGUGCCGGUGUUUGUGUUGGAGGGAUCGGGCCGGGCCGCCGACCUGAUCGCCUUCUUACACAAGCAGACUUCCAUCGGCAGGCCUUUGGGUGCCGACAUCAAGGAGGACUUCCUCGUCAGGAUUGGAAAUGUGUUUGGAGUUGAGUCAGCGGAAGCUUCUCAUCUCUGCAGCGUCCUUCUGCAGUGCAUGAAUCACAGAGAGUCUAUAACCAUCUUUGACUCCGAGUCGGAGGACCAAGCGGCGCCUGAUGCAGCCAUUUUGACCACAAGUCUCAAGGGCACCAAGGCCGGUCCUGCAGAGCAGCUGGGCACGGCCCUGGCCUGGGACAGGGCGGACAUAGCCCAGAAAGACGUCCUGGUGUACGGUCAGCAUUGGAAGGUGGGCUCCUUGGAGCAGGCCAUGCUGGACGCUCUGGUGAUGGACCGGGUCAGUUUUGUCAAACUGCUGAUUGACAACGGCAUGACCAUGAGCCGCUUCCUGACUGUGGAUCGCCUGGAGGAGCUCUACAACAUGCCACGGGGGCAGACGGGCCGCUUCCUACGCCACCUGGUUGAAGAUGCAAAACAGACUUCUCUUCCCUCGGGUUACCGCCUGUCCCUGGUUGACGUGGGCCUGGUGAUGGAGUUCCUCAUGGGGGGGGCGUACCGCAGCCCCUACACACGGAAGCACUUCAGAGCGGCCUACAGCAGCCGGCUGGACAAAGUAGCCGCAGCGCUUCCUGUCUUUGUCCGUCGUGUUUUGAUGGCCCUUCAGGACCAGAAGUUCUUCAGAGCGGCUCAGCCCUGCAAACCCAAGUUGGUCGUGUCGCCCGGGAGCAGAGCAGAGAUCCCGUCGCCGCCCCCCCGCCGCGGCCACGGCGACGCUCCGCUCCCGGUUCCUUUCAGCUUCAACGACCUGUUCGUGUGGGCCAUUCUUCAUCAGCGCCACCAGAUGGCGCUCUUCCUGUGUCAGCACGGCGAGGAAGUGAUGGCGCGCGCGGCCGUGGCCUUCAAACUUUACCGCUCCAUGGCCCACGAGGCCCAGCAGGGGAGCGUGGACGACCACGUCUUGGAGCGGUUCCGGACGCAUUCACUUGAGUUCGGGCAGCUGGCGGUGGACUUGUUGGACUGCGCAUUUCGCCAGAACGAGCAGAUGGCCAUGAAGCUGUUGACCUCGGAGAUGGAGGCGUGGAGUCACUUCACCUGUCUGCAGAUGGCCGUCUCUUCGGGUCACCGGUCCUUCGUCUCACACUCCUGCACUCAGACCCUGCUCACUGACCUGUGGACCGGUCCGCUCAACAUGAGGAAAAACUCCUCUGUCAAGAUCAUUUUGAGCCUUCUUCUGCCUCCCGCCAUCUUACUUCUGGAGUUCAAAAGCAAAGCUGAGAUGUGUCAUGUUCCACAAUCCCAUGAGGCAAUGCCCUUUGGACUUGAGCCCGUGAAGUCUGCAGCGCCCGACGAGGUAACGGAUCACGCGCCAGAGACGCACGGCGGUCGGGAUGCAGAGCGAGGCAGAUGUGGCAGAUGUUUUGGCCACGCGUCGGAAACGGUGCCCUCUGCGACGCUGUGUCUCUCCUGGAUCACACGGGUCUACGACUUCUACGCAGCUCCCGUGGUCAAGUUCUGGUUUCACACAAUUUUCUACUUGGCCUUCCUGGUGUUGUUCUGCCAGGUGGUCCUGGUGGAGAUGCAGGAUCUACCCAGCGUCCAGGAGUGGCUGGUCAUAGCGUACAUCGUGUCCACUGCCGUGGAGAAAACCCGAGAGGUUCUCAUGUCUGAGCCGAAGAAGCUGAGCCAGAAGCUGAAGAUUUGGUUCUCAGAGUACUGGAACGCGUCCGACGUGGUGGCCAUCCUCUUCUUCCUGACCGGGUUGACCCUGCGUUGGUAUGCUGACCCCUACCACACGGCAGGACGCAUCAUUUACUGUCUGGACAUCAUCUUCUGGUUCAUCAGGGCGCUGGACCUGCUGGCGGUCAACCAGGACGCUGGCCCUUACCUCACCAUGAUCACUAAGAUGACCAGUAACAUGUUCUUCAUCGUGGUGAUGAUGGCAAUAGUGCUGCUGUGCUUCGGGGUGUCCAGGAAGGCCAUCCUGUCGCCAGACCAGGAGCCGUCCUGGAGCAUCGCUCGAGACAUCGUCUUCAUGCCCUACUGGAUGAUGUACGGGGAGGUCUACCCAUCCGAGGGUGAGGAGUGCUUUGCCGGUGAUUCGUGUCCUCCUGCUUCCUUCCUUACUCCCUUCCUCCAAGCUGUCUACAUGUUCGUCCAGUAUCUGAUCAUGGUCAACAUUCUCAUUGCAUCUUUUAACAACAUAUACUUUGACAUGAAAUCAAUCUCCAACGAACUGUGGAAGUACAACCGCCAUCGCUACAUAAUGACCUACCAGGAAAGGCCGUGGCUGCCUCCGCCGCUGAUCCUCCUCAGUCACCUGACCUCAGGUGCGAGGGCCGUGGCCAGGAAAUGGACGGGGGACGCUGACCAGGAGGAGAGGGGCUCAGGACUUAAGCUCUGGCUGAGCCACGAGGAUCGCAAGAGGCUCCACGAGUUCGAGGAGAAAUGUGUUCACGCCUACUUCCACGAGAAGAGUGACGGCCUCCACGGCAGUCAGAUCAGCAGGAUCAGAGCCACAGCCGAGAGAGCCGAGGAGAUGUCCGCGAUGGUGGGGGACGUCUCGGAGAAGGUCCUCUUCAUUCAGGACAGCCUGCUGGAUCUGGACUGUCAGCUGGGUCGCCUCCAGGACCUGUCGGCUGCGGCCGUGGACACGCUCAGUCUGCUCUCUGCCUCGGAGGAGGCCCGCCUGGUUCCGUGUGCCCCGACCGCAGCGUCCCGGCACGCCCUCCCUCGCAGCCGGACCCGGUCGCGGAGAAGAAUGGAGUGCAGUGUCGCAGCUGAGGGAAGCAGACGAGGACGCAAUGAAGAUGGAGAGGAAGGAAGGAAUCAGCCUGCAGCUGUUGCCCGUCCCGUGGAGGAUUGGCUGGGCGCCUCUAGACCUUCGCGUCCUGCUUCCUUCUCUCACUUUCACGGGGAGAGUGAUCAUCCGUAUGGUUUCAGGGGUCAGACACCCCGUCCGGCUUGUGGAUCAUCUCCUCUUUCUGUUGAGCCAUACGUGCGUCCAAGUCCGGAGGAAACUUCGGUGGAAGAGGAGGAAGAGGAGGAAGAGGAGCUGUCUAGUGGAGAACCAUCCGGAGCCUCUUCUCACGCUGUCCUUCUGUCUGAGCCUCCUCACGUCUCCGAGGGUUUGCUCAAUCCGGCCUUUUCUCAGGACGACGGCAGUUCUCAGUCCAGACCUCGCAGCCGAAGCGGGAGGACUGCGACCCCUCCGCCCAGAGGCCCGCCCCGUGGCCCCUGCACAUCCCGCCCAUCCAGUGUGGAGGAGGACCUUUUGUCCGUGACGCCCCCCCCUCUGACGAGGGGAUCCUGUCCUUUGCUCCACGGAGCGAAGGACAGAGACACUUGGUCCGGCGCAAAGAGUUUCAGGGACGACGCGUCACUGCCGCGCAGCAAAGAGAGGCCCAAGUCCUCCGACUCCACUCACGUCUCAAGGAAAAGCCGCAAGAGGAAGACAGCGAAGCUUCGGGAGACUGCAACGUCCAAUCUGUCCCGCGGCAGCUGGAGAACGGAGCGGAGAUCGAGGGGAGAGCCGACGUGUUGGUCGGCUUCAACCAGUCUCAGUCGACUCAAUGUUGAACCGACGGAUUGGUUGAAAAAGGACGCCAGGCGCCCCGGCUGCCCCCGCUCCACCAGCCGCAGGUCGUCGUAAGUCCAAACUCUUUUUGGUUCUGAAACAUCUGAGGACGACCUGGAAUUGUGUCAAAUGUUUUUCUUUAUG